GUACUUCACGUGUUUUGGUUGAAGUAUUACAGUUAAGUAGUAGAGUACUAUGUAAUGUUAAGCAAAGUUUUUAUAUAUCUCUAGAUUUACUGGAUUUUAUACAUUUUCAUAAUGUUGAUGAGUAAAGACGUUCCGUGGAGACGCUUAAAUAGUAUCUCUUUUAGAAUCUUUUCUACGGAUGACAUUAGGAAGUUGAGUGCAAAAGCUAUUACUAAUCCCUGCAUUAUGGACAAUGUAGGCAACCCAGCAUUGAAUGGGCUUUAUGACUUAGCAAUGGGACCGUGCGACUCCAAGGAAGUCUGUGCAACAUGUGCACAGGAUUUUAACAACUGCCCUGGGCACUUGGGCCACAUAGAGCUUCCCCUUGCUGUCUACAAUCCUCUCUUUUUUGACAAGUUGUACCUGCUUAUUCGAGGAUCAUGUCUAAACUGCCAUUUCUUGACAUGUCAACGUGCUGUCAUUCAUUUGUUGCUGAAUCAGCUAAAAGUGCUUGAAGUAGGGGCCAUUGAGGCAGUUUUUGAACUGGAGCAGAAGUUCAAGAAUAUGUCUGAAGAAAAAAUAGAUAUAACAGGUGACACUGUACAGAAAGAAUUAGAAAAGUACACUUCUCAAAUAUUGCAAAACAAUCCAAUGGGGCUUCAAGUCUCACAUGUAAAAAAUGUAUGUGAGUGCAAAAGUAAGCUGGUUAAUGAAUUCUGGAAAUCUGAAAUGGCAUCAAAGAAAUGUCCAAACUGCAAAUGUCCACGAUCAGCUGUGUGGAAGGAACACAACUGCAAAUUAUUUGCAAUGUAUCCAGGCGCAAAGCAAACAGAAGGAAAAGAGAACAGACAAACAGAAGUUGUCUUUGAAGGUAUUGAUGCAACAUUGUCAGGAAAAAGGGGAUUCCUGACACCUAGUGUAGCUAGAGAGCACGUCAGAGAGCUGUGGAAUAACGAAGGCUUUUUCUUGAAAUAUCUGUUCUCUGGAUUUGAGAUGGCACAAGACAACAAGUCUGAAUUUAAUCCUGAUGUGUUCUUCCUUGAGCUCAUUGUUGUUCCACCCUCCAGGUAUCGCCCAGUCAAUCGUAUAGGUGACCAGAUGUUUACAAACGGCCAGACUGUGAAUCUGCAGGCUGUCUUGAAAGAUAUUGGUGUUAUUCAGAAACUUCUGGCGGUGAUUGCGAAAGAGCAGAAAAAGCAGUUGGUACCCGAUGGAACAGAAAUUCUUGAGGAAGUGGAUUCUGAUAUAAAAGAUCUUGCAUUCUUGGCCACAGUCCCCGGAGCAACACCCAUUGAUAAAUUGUACAAUAUAUGGGUUCGACUUCAGAGUCAUGUCAACAUUGUCUACGAUAGUGACAUGGAUAAAAUGGUGACUGAGAAAUACCCUGGGAUUCGGCAGAUUCUGGAGAAAAAAGAAGGUUUGUUUCGCAAGCACAUGAUGGGAAAACGAGUAGAUUAUGCAGCUCGUUCAGUUAUAUGCCCUGAUAUGUACAUUGGUACGAAUGAGAUUGGAAUUCCAAUGUUGUUUGCUACCAAACUGACAUACCCUCAACCUGUAACUCCUUGGAAUGUUCAAGAACUUCGGCAGGCUGUGAUUAAUGGUCCAAACAUUCAUCCUGGUGCAUCCAUGGUGAUCAAUGAAGAUGGAUCUCGCACUGUGCUGAGUGCAUCAAAUCAAACGCAGAGAGAAGCUAUUUCUAAACAACUCCUUACCCCUUCCACUGGGACUCAGAAAAUGAACAUGAAAAUUGUAUAUCGACACAUUAAAAAUGGAGAUGUCCUUUUAUUGAAUCGUCAGCCAACCCUUCACAGGCCAUCCAUUCAAGCCCAUAGGGCCAGAAUACUUCCAGGCGAGAAAGUUUUGCGGCUACAUUAUGCCAGCUGUAAGGCCUACAAUGCUGAUUUUGAUGGUGAUGAAAUGAAUGCUCAUUUUCCACAGAAUGAGCUCGGUCGUGCAGAGGCAUACGUGAUAGCUAGCACUGAUGAACAGUACUUGGUUCCCAAGGAUGGUAAGCCUUUAGCAGGUCUGAUCCAGGAUCAUAUGGUUGCAGGGACAAGCAUGACCAUUCGGGGCUGCUUCUUCACAAGAGAAGAAUACAUGGAACUUGUGUACCGAGGGCUGACAGACAAAAAGGGAAGAGUGAAGACUGUCUCACCUGCUAUUAUGAAACCAUGCCAGUUAUGGACUGGGAAACAGGUUGUUUCUACUUUGCUUUUAAAUGUAAUCCCGGAAAAUUAUGUCCCACUAAAUCUAACAGGAAGAUCAAAAAUCAGUGCAAAAGCUUGGGUCAAAGAGUUUCGUCGAUCUUUUCCUGGAAUUCAUGAAGACCACAUGUGUGAAUCAGAGGUCAUCAUUCAGAAAGGAGAGCUGCUUUGUGGUGUGCUGGACAAAGCUCACUAUGGUAGUUCAGCAUAUGGCUUAGUCCACUGUUGUCAUGAACUCUAUGGAGGAGAAACAAGUGGGCGAUUAUUAACAUGUCUGGCACGUCUCUUCACUGCAUAUCUUCAGCUCUACAAGGGUUUUUCUCUUGGUGUUGAAGACAUCUUGGUUAAGAAAAAAGCAGAUGCCAAAAGGAGAAAAGUAAUUGCAGAAUCCACCCAUUGUGGUGCUAAGACUCUUCAAGCUGCUUUUAAUCUGGCAGAAGAAACGUCAUGUCAGGAGGUGGUGGACAGGUGGCAAGAUGCUCAUCUUAACAAAGACCAGCGGGAUUUCAAUGUAGUUGAUCUGAAGUUCAAGGAAGAAGUGAACUGCUACAGUAAUGAAAUCAACAAGGUGUGCAUGCCACAGGGACUUCACAGACAGUUCCCAGAGAAUAACCUACAGUUGAUGGUUCAGUCGGGAGCCAAAGGUUCGACUGUUAACACAAUGCAGAUUUCCUGCCUUUUGGGUCAGAUUGAGCUGGAAGGACGAAGACCACCACUGAUGCCAUCGGGGAAAUCUCUUCCGUGCUUUCAGGCAUAUGAUGUUUCUCCAAAAGCAGGGGGAUUUGUGACGGGACGAUUCCUCACAGGCAUCAAGCCUCCUGAAUUCUUCUUUCAUUGCAUGGCUGGCAGAGAGGGCUUGGUAGAUACAGCUGUGAAGACUAGUCGCUCUGGUUAUUUACAGAGAUGCAUCAUAAAACACCUGGAAGGGUUGGUAGUUCAGUAUGAUCUGACAGUUCGUGAUAGUGAUGGCAGUGUAAUGCAGUUCCUGUAUGGUGAAGAUGGCCUGGAUAUACCAAAGACCCAGUUCCUGCAGGAAAAGCAGUUUCCUUUUUUCGCAGAAAAUUAUGAGGUGCUUAGAAAGUCUAUGCAUUUGGAUGAAGUCCUAUCGAGAAUGGAUCCUGAGGUUGCCAAGAAGUAUUUUAAAGCCAUUAAGAAAUGGAAGUCCAAGCAUGUAACCCCUUUAUGUCGCGAAGGUCCAUUUCUGCUGUAUUCACAGAAAAAAAUAUCUGCAGUCAAGGAACAGACUUUGACAGAAGACAUAAAAAAUGGGCGUGAUUCAGCAACGCAGCAGUUACUGGAGAUGUGGAAUUCCAUAGAUGAGAAGAGUAAGAAUAAGUAUGCAAAAAAGGCUGCCCGUUGCCCAGAACCUUGUUUAGGUGUCUACCGACCAGAUAUCUAUUUUGGGUCAGUUUCAGAAGCUUUUGAAGACGUUUUGGACAGAUGUAUCAGUGAGUGGGACUCCAAGAAUAGCAGUAGCUAUUCAAAAACAGACCUUUCCUUAGACAGUUUGAAGAUAUUACUUCAUCUGAAAUGGCAGAGAUCUCUGUGUGAUCCAGGCGAAGCAGUGGGGCUUGUUGCAGCUCAGAGUAUUGGUGAGCCAUCCACUCAGAUGACCUUGAACACUUUUCAUUUUGCUGGAAGGGGUGAAAUGAAUGUCACAUUGGGCAUCCCCAGAUUGCGUGAAAUUCUUAUGGUGGCCAGCAGUAACAUUAAAACUCCUAUGAUGAGUAUCCCUGUAAUCAGCACCAAGAAAGCACUUAAAAAAGCAAAGAGGCUAAAGAAGAAGUUGAACAAAGUCACUCUAGCUGAGGUGCUGCACAAAGUUGAUGUAGUAGAGUCUUUUCGUGUUGAGGGUAAAAACAAUAUGAUCCGUGUGUAUCAAAUCACUUUCCAUUUUUUACCAUAUGAAGAGUACCAGCAGGAUAAGUGUGUCACACCAGAUGGCAUUCUGCAUUACAUGGAAAAAAGGUUCUUUAAGAUACUUCAGGAUGUCAUUAAAAGAAAAAGUGGAAAGCUGCAGUCCUUUAAAUUGGUUGGUACUCAGAAAGCAACACGGAAUGAUAUGGAUCAAGAGACAGGAGAGACGCAAGGAAGCCAGCUACAAGAAGGCAAUGAUGCUGAUGGUGAAGAAGGAGAAAUUGUAAAUGCAGAAGCAGAAGAAGGAGACGAGGAUGCUACUGAUGUCAAGCGGAAAGAAAAACAGGAAGAAGAGGUUGAUUAUGAGAGUGAAGAGGAGGAAGUUGUGGAACGUGAUGAUGAUGAUGAAGAAAAACAGAAGACUGCCAAGUCAUUUGCUGAAACAGUCUCCCCUGAAACUGAUGAGUCACUGCUUAAAGAACACAGUCAGCCUGCUGAUGAUGAUAGUCCGGAGACAUCCCUUUUCUACAGCACAAGUGAGAGGGAGAGGAAGAAGAAACAGCACCAGCAGAACUACAGUCUUCUGGAUGAGGCAAGAGUGAAGACUGUUCUGGAAAGUAAUCCCGCUAUAGAGAGCUACAAGUAUGAUACGCAGAACAGCCUUUGGUGUGAGAUCACACUGAAAAUUCCUGCAGUGAAUGUACAUUUUAAACUGUCGUCUCUGCUGUCUACCCUUUCUCAUGCUGCAGUCAUCCAUGAGAUAAGAGGCAUUACCCGAUGCUUUUUAAAUGAAGUUACAGAUAAACAUGGUGAAAAGGAAUAUGUGUUGAGUACAGAGGGAAUAAACUUACCACAGCUGUUCAAGUAUGCAGAUAUAUUAGACCUGAAGCGACUUUACUCCAAUGACAUCCAUGCCAUGGCAGCGACUUAUGGUAUAGAGGUAGCUCUCAGGGUCAUUGAAAAAGAAAUUAAAGAUGUUUUUGCAGUUUACGGUAUUGAGGUAGAUCCUCGCCAUCUGUCUCUUAUCGCUGACUAUAUGUGUUUUGAGGGUGUAUACAAGCCAUUAAACCGUAUGGGAAUGCAGUCUAACCCCUCCCCUUUUCAGCAAAUGACAUUUGAAACCAGUUAUAGGUUUCUCAAGCAGGCAACUAUGCUUGGAGCCCAAGAUGAACUAAAAUCACCAUCAGCUUGUUUAGCCGUCGGAAAAGUUGUGAGGGGAGGUACUGGACUCUUUGACCUGAAGCAGCCGUUGAAGUAGUGUUCCACCUUUUAAAGACUUCAACAAGUGAAAAUGAGCACAAAUGUGGAUGUGAAGGACUUUACUGUGUGAAAUAACGCAGCUAUGACAAAGCUAUGGAAAUUUUAUUUUUAUAUAGAUAUAUUUAUAUAUUUUAGAUCUGAUGGAUUUAAUUGACAUCAAAUUUACUAAUACCCGAUGGACUGGAUCAUCCGCACUAUCCCACUUCCCCAGUUGAUUGAUGGUUAAGCUAAAUUGCAGUUUCAAAAUUUUUUUCAGGGAGUUGUACACCCAUGCAACCUCUAUUGUGAGGACACUUUCCCCAUAACCCCCAGUCUUUAUAUAGUAAUAAUACUUUCAAGACUGCAGAAGAAAAUAAAAUACAUAUUUUCCCUUUCCUGUAAGAUAAUGUAAACUCAUAGGUAGUAGUAUUCAGAGAUUGGGGUUGCGGAAGCAGAGCCAUCACAUUAGAGGAUGCAGAGAGGUGCAGUCCUUGUGCAAAAAAUUAUAUUGAAAAAUACAUUCGUUUACUGUAUGGUGAUGGUGUGCCAAAUGGGAUGGGGGGGUAUGAUCUUUAGCAGUAAAUCAUGGCUGGUUUAGUAAACUUCAUUUGUAGAAUUCAACUUUUUAUAUUGUGGAUAAAUUAAGAAAAUCAAAAUUUGUGUAUGUUAAUACAUUAUUUAAAGUGUUUUUUUUCAGUGUUCAGGAAUGUUAGAAUGAAUAUCUUUGCAUUAGAUGUAUUUUUAAUUUUUUGCAUGUUCAAUGCUGCUGUUUCCAUCCAUUUGCAGAUGUACUUUGGGGAGAGGGAGUUGUAAAGCUUUUGUUUUGUGGAAUAUAAAUUAGAAGGAUCUUUACCACUAUACUGACCCACCUUCAAAGGGAGCUUCAUUCUCAGGUUUUUGCAAUCUUGUCAAAAUCAAUUCAGAGGUAUUUUUAAAAAGAAGCAUGAACAUACUGUUGGUUUUUCAAUGCUCAACUACAGCAGUGAAAACCCCCUGUGAUUUUUUUCAAACUUUUAGCAAUAUCAGAAAUUUGACAUUUCAUGAUUGUUGUUUCUGUGAUUUUCCAUUGUUUCACUGGCAAACUUUGCAUCUAAUGGAAUUUUGGCCAUUAUUCCUUAAAUGUUACUGUGAACGAAAGAUUGAGCCUCAAAACGAGCAUCAUUUCUCAUUUGUUGCCUGAAAUGUGACUACUUGCCUGGAGAUUUUUUUUCUGUACCAGUUGUUGGAACAGUAGAGUAGUCUAACAGUAUUUUGUACCAGAGUGGUGAUAGCAUCUGUGCCUUUCAGUAAGACAGGGGACUUGUAUUCAAGGAUUUUCCUACUUAAUAAAAGGAAGAGAUCUUCAGCCUAUCUUGACCCUCGGGCCUUGAACCUUUAGUUUUUGUUUUCAGUUCCAUCUUUGUGUCUCUGCUAGGUAAAGAUAAUAGGUCCUAUGUUAUAGACAUGAAUGAAGUUUAUUUUCUCAUUCUUUUACAUCUGAAGCACAGACUUUACCUUCAGUUGGUGCUCAGCCUUCCAGGGAAUUUCAAGACCUUUGGUUAAUGACUAUAGCCUUACCUUUAUAUUAUUAAAGAAAUUGAUACCCAUCCCCAGGAGCCAGCCCAGCCUGUGCUGCAUCUGUAAAUGUCAUAAGAAAUAGUUCCCUUCUGAUUCAUCAGUUGAUCCCAGUACUUCUGAGAGUGUUUGGUACACAACCAUACCUCAAAAAUGACAAAAUCCUCUCUCUGUCCUCUCACAGCACCAAAUGCAACAACUUCCAAGAGCCACCUUUGUGGCGUCAUAUUCUCAAAGGUCUGCACAGUAUGUAUAAGGGUUGCUUUUACUAUUGACAGUAUGUAAACCUCCACCUGAGCCUCUUGUCCACCUGGCAUAAAAAAAAAUCUUCCAUACUACCAAAAAAAGAGAAGUUGUUUCCAUUUUAAGUCAUGUUUCUAGUGCAAGAGAAGAUGUACAAAAAUUAGUUGAGAAGCUAUGUGUUAACAAACCGUGUCAGGAACUCACAAGCCUCUAACUUUUGCCUUAUGCAAGUUCAUAUUUUCAUAAAUUUGAUGAACAAGCUUAAGGCCUGUUGGUUGCUGAGAAGCUUGGUUCCCUUAAUUCCAAGCUGAAAACAUGUAGGGGCCAUGCAGUCAUCCACAUCCUUUUUGAAAGUAUGAAUUGAUAGGCUGAGUUUAACUGAGAGGGGGAUUUAUUCCAGAAAUGUGGAAGUAUGUGAGAUAUAGAGUUGUCUUGUUUCCUAGUACAACUGGUAUUAAUUUUUGUUGAGGCUGAGUGUUGUGUCACUAUGGGUGUAUUAUAACAAAUGGUUUCACAUAGUAAGGAGUCUUUUAAUGCUCUGUAUGUCAAGUACAGGUCACCUCUAAGAAGAUAAGAGGGGAUAGAGAGAGUGAGUUGCUGUAGUUAUUGGCUGUAAGCCUUGAAGCUAUUUGAUCCUGUUUGUAAGGAAUCUUUGCACUUUCUUCAGCUGCACCAGAUGGCAUGAGUGUGUUGCAGAGCAAUAUUCUGUAAUUACUUUUUCUGGGUGCUAUUUGCCAACAUGCCUAUUAACUAUCAAGUCUAUCCCAUUAGGACUCAGCCCAUAAAUCUUAGUACUAAGGAUGUACUCUAUGGGUAUGGGGCGAACCAUUGAGGGGCCAUCAUCUAAGUUGGCUUGGGGUUUUUUGUGCCCCCUGUUCGCAUUUGGUCAUUAUAGCACUUUGCUGUUGGCAUGCACCCUUGUCCCCAACCCAAGUGUGGCUGACUAUCUUUCUUUCCAUGGGUCAGGAACUAUGUGGUACAUAACACAACCCCCCCCCCCAGUAACCUCACGUCAUGUAGUAUCUGAACUGUGUGUGUGUGUGUGUGUGGGGGGGGGUCUAGUAUGACCUUAACCCUGCUUCUGACAUUAGCACCUGCGGGACUACCUGCACCCCCUGCAUCCUGUUCAUGUGUGCUCAUUCAUAUGUAGGGACAAGGGCUACCUCUCUACUUUAUGUGCUUAAGGCUUCCACUUAGAACUGGAGUGACAGGUGAGCAAGCUGUAAACCACUUCACUUUGGGAGGGGUGGUGCCCAUAACUGCUUAUUUCCCAUCUAUUGUAUGUUACCUCUUCAGCACUUAAACCAGUAUUCAGGUAUGGAUUGUCUGGGUAACAGUCAGGGCUUUAUCCCAUUACUGCACAGAACCAGGGAGGAAGUAGUGUGUUAUAAUUGGUCUGGUAAAAACUGUGUAAAUUAGCACAAUUCCUUCAGUGGCACUGCUGUCAUCUACAAGGUAGAUCAGAGGCCAUCUGUGUUCUUUGCAGACGGUAGUGAUUGUAUAUCGUACAUCUCCAACAACAUAAUGCUAAGAUUUUGGCCCUUUGAUUUACCCUUGUUCCUCCUAGAUUUAUUGAUGUUCCUCAUAAUGUUAGACCUCCUUUAUGGAUACAAACCUUAUCAAAUAAAUAAACUAUUAAGCCUGUGCAAAGAUUCGUGAUCACUAACUGUAUAGGAUCUAGUAUAUAAAGACCUUUUAUUUUGAAAAAUCAGAAGGCGCUCCUUUUUUGACUGUGUUAUAAUUUUUAAUUGUCAGUGGAAUGAUUUUAAUGAUCAGAAAUGAAUGUAUGUAUACAGGUAUAAAAUGAAAAUUAAUCAUUUGUAAAAACUCCAAGGUCAUGCAUUAUUUUGUCAAGUUUUGGCUGUUGCCCAUUAAUAUUGUAUUAAGGUAGUGUCUUGUUCUUUUUUUUAUGCCAUACUGCUGCAUUCUUUGACUUUCCUCACUGUUGCAUCAUUUGUUUGUAAUGUUAAGCGCUGUGUGAAGGGAGUUGGUACCAGCAUGGUUAUGGGCAUUCUCCCUAAGCUUGCAGUUAUCCGCAUUUUUGGUGAGACAGACACUGAAGUCAGUUUUGACAUCUUAGAAAAAGAUGCCAAAAAAGAAUUGAUCCCAGGACAGAGCUUUGAGGGACUCAUCUGAUGACAGGGGAUAUUGAGGAUAUGACCAGGUAUCUAGCUGUGGGGUACCUUCAGAUCCCUGAGCUUAUGUAUGACUCCAUCAUGGGGUAGAUUAUUGAAUGCUUGAGCCAGAUCUAGGUAAGCUGCAUUGACAGGUAAGCCUUCAUCCAAGGUGAAGUUUAUCUACACAGAAAAAAUUAUGAGGCUUAGCAUAGAAGACUUAACUGUGACAAAACUGUACUAGGUUAAAUCAUGGAGAAAGAGGUUUCCUGUGUCUGUCUGAAAAAGUUCCAUAGUGCUUCUCUUCAUUACCUGGGAGAUUAUGCUUAUGAGGCCGAUGAGUCUGUGGAAGGGCAUGCCUUGUGGACUGUAGCCUGCUUCCAGAUAUUAGGGGCAUAGUUUUAAUGCUCACUUACAAUUGUGAGUAAAGGGAUAUACUUGACUAUUUCUGACUGCAUAAAUUAAGCUUCCUGAUAUCUCAUAUGGUUUCAUGGAACUGGUGUCAGAGGUGAUAAUUUCAGAUGUAAUUUGGGUGAGAUUGUUGUAAGGCAAAGAGUGGAAGGGGUUCCUCCUUGUGGCCUGAAAUUUACUCCAAAUCUGUAUGCUGGCAUUUUAGCUGUACUUUUGGGUUCUGUUAUUUUGAUAGUAUUUUGUUCUAAUACACUACAUUGUUGUUUCUCUCUCCCUUCAUUUUUUGGAUGUGGUUGUAGAAAGUCUUGGCAUUGUUAACUGUAUUGAUGGCAAGUUUUCCCCUCAAGUAAAACAUUGCUUCUUUUAAUUGUUUUAAUGAGUUAUUUUUUUGGAUAGAUUUAACUUUAGCUUUACUGUGAUGGUUUUGGGUAACAUUUGAAGGCUUUUGUACCCUCAGCAGAGCUUUCAACAUUAAACUCCUUUAUAUGUUGAACAAAAGCCCUGAAUGAGUUGGCAGGAGUUACAAGGCAUGUAGCACCUGUGAAUAAACAUUUGCAGUGCAUCUGUAGCUUUUUAAAGGUUAUCAUAUAGGAUCAGAGGAAGUUACUAGGUUAAUGGCCCUAGGGCCCUUACAAGCCUAGCCAAGUUCUACCUAUGUUUCCACAAUUAGCACCUAAUGCCAGUGUCCAAGAGGGAUACAGGUGGGACUGCCAGGAUAAAUUUACGGUUACCCGUCCAGUUGUCCAGACUGAGUUUGAAGAGGGCCAAUGAGGUGCUCUGUUUGACAUGAAGUGGGAGUCUGUUCCAAAGGUGUGGUAACCUCUGGGAGACAACUCUGUCCCUCCAAUGGAUUCUGCUAAUGUCACGUACCAGGUUAAGGUCUUUAGAGGGAGUAACUUGUGUGCCA